UGGUAUCAAUCAAUAUAGCUCCUCAAAAGUAAUAAUUCCAUUGAAGUUGAGAUUACUCAAAGCGGUUUGGCGCUUUUCACGACCAAAAGGAAUAAAAAAAUAUCUUAUUAGACUGAAGAAGUUUUAAACCUCUCUUCGUCGGCUAUAGAUCUGGCUGGAUAUUGUUAGGGAUUUCAAUAUAUUUCAGAAAUCUGUAAUAAUAAUAAUCUGCAUGUUAUAGAUAUAAUGGAGAUUGAUUCAUCGGCGAUUAGUCGGUGCUCUGUAGAACACCAGAAGAUCUACACCGAAUGGUUCAGUGUUGCCGAUUCAGAUGGUGAUGGGCGAGUUACUGGUGUGGAUGCCACAAAUUUCUUUGUUAUGUCUAAUCUAGCUCGACCAGAUCUUAAACAGGUGUGGGCAAUUGCAGACUCUAAACGACAGGGCUUUCUUGGCCUUAAAGAGUUUAUUACUGCAAUGCAGCUGAUUUCUAUGGCACAAGCAGGACAUGUACUAAGUAGCGACCUCUUAAAUUCUGAUGUUGAUUUUGAAAAUCUGAAACCACCGGUGAUGGACGGUCUGGAUGCCUUACUAGCUAGGAAAAGGCGUCCAAAAAACGAGCCUGAAUCAAAUGGUAAUUCGCCGUUACAAACGUCACCAUCAGCAUCAUCUAGCUGGUUUACUUCACCAAAAUCUGCAAAAAAGGUUCCCUUAACUGCUGUUACAUCAAUCAUUGACGGUCUGAAGAAGCUAUACAUUCAGAAGCUGAAACCUUUAGAAGUCACAUAUCAAUUUAAUGAUUUUGUUUCUCCCAUAUUGACAAACAGUGAUUUUGAUGCGAAACCAAUGGUGAUGCUUCUGGGUCAAUACUCAACGGGGAAAACAACAUUCAUUAAACAUUUGCUUAGAAGUAGUUAUCCAGGAGCUCACAUUGGACCUGAGCCUACCACAGAUAGAUUUGUUGUUGUUAUGAACGGACCUGAUGAAAGAAGUAUUCCGGGAAAUACUGUUGCUGUUCAAGCAGACAUGCCGUACAGCGGUUUAACUAACUUUGGAACUGCAUUUUUAUCAAAGUUUGAGUGCUCUCAAAUGCCACAUCCUCUGCUGGAGCAUAUUACAUUUGUAGACACUCCUGGAGUAUUAUCAGGAGAGAAACAGAGGACACAAAGAAGCUACGACUUCACAGGUGUCACGUCCUGGUUUGCUGCAAAGUGUGACCUAAUCUUGCUUCUCUUUGAUCCGCAUAAACUUGAUAUCAGUGAUGAAUUUAAACGCGUUAUAGCUUCCUUAAGAGGAAACGAUGACAAGAUACGUGUGGUCUUAAACAAGGCUGAUCAAGUUGAUACCCAACAACUGAUGAGGGUGUAUGGAGCCCUUAUGUGGUCACUUGGUAAAGUCCUAAACACUCCUGAGGUUAUGCGCGUUUACAUCGGUUCUUUUAAUGACAAACCGAUAAAUUCGGUUACUGCUGGGCCAAUUGGGACAGAGCUGUUUGAGAAAGAGCAGGAAGAUCUACUAAGUGACUUAAAGGACAUACCUAAGAAGGCUUGUGAUCGAAGAAUCAACGAAUUUGUGAAACGAGCUAGAGCGGCCAGGAUUCAUGCUUUCAUUAUUAGCCAUCUUAAGAAAGAGAUGCCGAGCAUGAUGGGUAAGGCUAAAGCUCAGCAGAAGCUCAUCGAUAACCUCGAAGACGUUUUUGCAAAGGUUCAAAGGGAGCAACACCUGCCAGCAGGAGACUUUCCAUUUGUCGAAAGCUUCAGGGAGAGAUUGAACGGUUACAACUUCGACAAAUUCGAGAAACUGAAGCCGAAAUUGAUCCAAACUGUAGACGAUAUGCUCGGUUAUGACAUUCCCGAUCUUUUGAAGAACUUCAGCAAUCCGUAUGAUUAAAGCUGUUUGUUGGUCUACAUACGUAUGUAGUGUAAUGUGCUGUGUGUAUCAUGACACUAAGAGAUCAUUGUUUGCAGAUACGGAGUAUGAACAUGAUUAUUUUUUUUGCUGCUAAAAGUGCUUUGAUACCUCAUCUUCUUAUUACAGACUUAGUCGUAAAUUUAAAUUUUGAAGUUACAAACCAUCUGCCCAUUACUAAUUUAUCAAUUAUCUUUGAAAA